AUGCCUGGUGUUGAUGAUGCUGGGCCAAUCCCGUGGACUCUCUCUGAGUUACUGGGACAAAGGAGCAUUCUGGGAGUCGUAGUUCUGAUAACAUGGUUGGUUUUAUUCCACCUUCUGGUAAAUGUGUGGCUACUGUGCAUCUUUACCAGCCUUUUGGUCGUGCUUUUUGGAUGGCUGGGGUCUCGUGUCGCUUUAAAUGCCAACAGCCUCCUUUAUUUGGAGCAUUUCUUGCCCAUGAGCGAGUCCCCUCAUGCCCACAUUUCCACAGAUAGUGAGCAAAGACUGGACUGGGAGAUUCAGAGCGCCGUCGAUAAGGCCUUGCAGGAAUUUUUGCUAUCAUGGUACAGCAGUUUUGCCUCUAAGGGAGGGGAUGAAUUUGAAUGGGAGGUGAGGAAUGUCAUGCUGGAGGCAGCUGGUGAAUUAAAGAGGAGGGCAAAGCUGGUGGACAGAAAGGCAUUGGCUCAGAGGGUUCUUGUGCUCUGUGGUGGCCAUCUGCAGAGCUUCAGCCAGGCCAAGGAGCUCCACCAAAAAGAAAGAGAAGGCAAUAGCUCCACACUGUGGAGGUUGUACAGUAAAGUUGACAUGCCUCACCCUGCCCUGGCCAGUCCAGCCGCCCAGCUUUGCUAUUCCAGAGCGCUAGUAGAUCUUCUCAUGCAUGUCCUCAUCCAACAGUCUCACCUGGAAACAAGAACUGGCAGGUACAUGGUGGGAGAGCUCAUUACAUGUAAUGUUCUUCUGCCCCUGGUGACAAGAAUAUCCAACCCAGAUUGGUUAAACCAGAUGAUUGUGGAUGUGUUCACCAAGUCGACAGGUGAAGAAGAAACAGUCUGUCCAGGCCCACAGCAAUUGCCUCCAGCAGACCUGGAGGAAUCCUGUAGCAGUUUUUGUGAGUGUGACCCCCCAAUUAAUUUUGCCUGUCCAGACACCUCAAGCAUGCAGACAGCUUGGUCUAUAUCUACAGGCCCCCUUCAUGAUUCUUCUGAAUCAAGUUUCCAAAGUCAGUGGUCAUCGGAUGAAAAUGUGCAGAGACAAAGAAGCUCAACGGUGCUUUUCCCAGAAAAAAUGAUCCAAAAUACAGUCGAACUGCUUCGAUCUCCAUACCGAACCAGCCGCCUCUAUGGACACAUUGACUGCGAUUUGGACUCGCCCACUUCUGAGGAGAAGAAGUCAUCCAUUGAGUCUCUAGAACAAAUCAACUCGGAAGAGGAAACCACUGAGAAUUUUUGUGAAUGCAUAUCUCCUUCAGAUUUUUGUGGCUUGGUUUGUCUGGAGGAGGAAGCGUUGGGUCUUUUAGGAAAGUGUUUCAAGCAAAACAUCAUUUCAGAACCCACUUCAUGCCCUGAGAGAACUGUGGAAGAGCCAGCAGAAGGACCCCAGACUCAAACAAAUGAUUCCAACCCCGGAAGCCUAGGUUGGGACUUAGCUGGUUUUGAAAAUAUUGAAAGACCAGUAACAAUUCAUAACCUGCAGAUUACUGGGGCAUUCACAGCCAAAAGGCAAAAAACCAACAGCACUCUUUCUUACACUCUUUACAGUGUAAAGUAUGAAACUGCAGCAGAUUCAGAGACCUCAACUGCUGAUCAAACUGUCUUAUAUCAUAUAGUAAACCGGCGGUAUAGUGAGUUCUUCAAUCUUCAGACACGCUUGGAGGAGAGGCCUGAUCUCAAGAAGGUCAUCAAAUAUGUCAAAGGGCCGAAGAAACUGUUUCCAGAGCUUCCCUUCAGCAACGUAGACACAGACAAAGUGGAAGCCAGGAGAAGCCAACUGGAAUCAUUCCUCAGGAAGCUUUGCGCCAUUCCAGAGGUGGCCAACAGUGAGGAGGUACGCGAGUUUCUUGCCCUCAACACUGAUGCCAGAACAGCUUUCCAGAAGAAACCAUCGAGUUCACGCAUAGACAAGAUGAUGGAAAACAUAGUGGACACUUUGAAGACGGCAUUUCCACGCUCAGAGCCCCAAAGCCCAACAGACGAGGGAGACCCACAGAGAAAGCCCCGUCUGAGAUUUUCCAGUAAAAUGGCACCUUCGCUUAAUGUCCCAGACCUGCGACCUAAAGUGACAUACUCGUUCAGUGAAAAGUGCUCAGUUCUUAAAGGGUUCUCCCUGUCAGAUCUGGAGGGUUUUCUGGAUGAACAGGAGAUGCAGGUGGAUGGGCUCUUUAAGAAUCACUUGAGGAGCAGAGAGGAGCAGAAACCUGUAGAGAAGAGAUGGAGAGGAACAGACACGGCCCUGGCCGACAUCGCUCUGAAUAUCUUGUGUUUGCUGAUGAAGGACAGGUGGAGCUGGCUAUGUACUGAAAACAUCCAUAAAACCAUCAGACUACUCUUUGGCACUUUUAUUGAAAGGUGGAUAGAGGUAGGCAUAGCCCACCUGACCAGUGCCCCAUGCUGGGUGAUCUAUCUACGGGUUCUCCAGGAUGCAGUUUGGCCCGGCGGUGAGCUGCCUGUGGGGCCACGGCCAUAUAGAAGCCCAGAGCAGAGAGAAAAGUCCAGACUUCAGUGCCUACAGUGCCUCAUGCAGCUAUUCCCAGAGCUAAUUACAGACAUGCUUGGUUCUGAGAAAUGCCGGCUGGUCUGGGAACAUGUGCUAGAGUCUUUACAGGACCCCAGUAUCAACAGGCACUUGGUUUACUGUAUCUUUGACGUGCUACUGGAGUUCCUAGUUCCAGAAUUUUCCAAAGAAACGUUCCAGAGGUCUUUUCUUCAGAGUCUUCCAGGGGAUGUAGAGAGAAGACCAUCAUCUGCCUGAGGACACUGUGUUUCUUUCCAUCUCUUUCAAUGCAGCGCUUUUAGGGUGAGGCUUUAUCAGCUUGGUUUAUCACUUGGCUGAUGUUGAUGUUGCAGACAACUGCUUUUGUUGAAUGGGAAAAUUAUACACUAAUAUUUUACUAAUAGCCAUAACUAACAUUCGGAUGGAUCUGGAUUGGAAUUUCAGAUUAAUAUUACACUGUACAUUUUUUUGCUGUAGUUAUGCAUCUCCCUGUAAUUUACUGUAGAUUUAAAUGUAUCUAAUUUAUUGGCAACCGUUUGUUCAAAGAUAAAUGAACAUGAACAAGUCUUUAUCUUUACAAAAAAAUAGCCUUCUGGAAACAGAAAUCCUCAUCAAACUUUUUUUAGGUUUUUUCUUCUAAUUUUGGGUCCCAGAAUCCUUUGCAUGAGGCUGUUAUUUUAUAGUUUAUUUUCUGUACAGAUAAAGACU